AUGCCUACACCACUUCCAUCGAGUUUCGCUUCGGCCGCUGCUGGCAACACCCAGGACCCCAACCGGAGGGGGGAUGGUUCGACUAGCGGAGAAUGGUCCCGAAACCGCAUGAACGGAGCUACGCAGACCUUCCGCCGUCCUUCUGUUGCUACCACCCCCUCUCACCACCGGGAUAGUAGCCAGCCUGCAUCUGCCUCGACACCCACGGCCGGCGGCGCGUACAUUCCUCCACACCUGAGCUCAAAUACUUCUAACAUUGCACGGAAUGGGGACGCCCGGUACUCCAAGGAUCAACUUCUAGAGCUGUAUAAAACACAGCGGGAGGAGGGUACCUUGAGUAAGAACGUGGAGGAAUACUUCGUGGCCGACUGGGAUCCCCACAAUGUGUCAGCUCCUGUGAAUGGAGCAUGGGGGAAGCGGGAUGACCACAAGAACAACUCUGCGGGGCCCGAGGUUUGCUGGGAUCAUGGUGGCCAGGUGGAACCCCUCGGAAUCACGGGUAUGACGGAGGAUGAGAAAGAGAUGUUCUCCGCUUCUGUCAACUCCCCUCUGAAGCCACCUCCCACAAACGCCGCGAAGGAAAACAUCAUCCCGGGAACUGGAGGUCGCAAAUCUUCGAUCUCUUAUCCUCAGGGCCAUAUCAAUAACUAUACCACCUCCUCCCCAACCGCCGGUCGCCCGGGUACCCGACGCCGGGAAACGGGAGAAUCGAUUGGCAACCCCAUGUCUCCUACCGGUUCCAACUCCCGAUUUUUCCGCGAUGAGGCCAAUACCUCUACUCCUCCACCUGCCCUGUUGCGUCGCAAAACUGAUUUCCGAGAACCCAACCCGAGGGUGGAUGAGAAGGCCAAGGAGGGCAAGGAGGACUCUGCCUCUCCCUUUGGGUCUCUGAAGCGCAGCUCCACCAAUCCUAUCAAUACGGGCGUUAGUGGACCAAACUCCCCCUGGGGUUCGGCCUCCCAUAAUGCCAAUUUCUCUCCGAUGGGUGCCUUUGGAGCUUUCUCUCUUGGUUCUGGCUCUGGCUCUGGCACUCCCGCGGCUGAAAAGAAACCAGGAUACGGAAGUCUCCGCGGAGAGAGCAGAUUCAAGGGUUUGCUGUCCAAGGAUAGCUCUGAAGAUAUUGCUAGCUCCGCCAAGGAAAAGCCCACAGGUAACCUUGAACGUCUUGCUGAAAACGACAGUGACGGGCGUUCGCAGUCGCCCUGGGGAGAUGCCGUCAAGACUCGUGUCAACCGAAGCGAAACUAAUCCGUUCGACGAGCCUCGCAGUGGCAGCGCCGCUCUUGGCGGGUCUCAGGAUGUUGAAGGUCCCGCUCAAUCUGAUCUCGGGUUUGGCGCAUUCGGCAUGACCUCGAGCAUUCCUGGAUUCCGAGAGUUGAUGCAAAGCCAGGAGAACUCGCGGAACCCAACUCCCAGCCUCCUCCAGGGCCACGAGCCAAAUAGUCCAACCAACACUAAUCCCUACCAGAGCCCGCAUGGUGACCGUCAUGGCGAACGUGCGGAACCCGAAGAUGUCGACACUGACGGAUCGGAUAUCCAGCCCGCCCAGCAUCCCGGAAUCAGCGGACUUCGGGAUCCUUCCAACCCCUUCGGCUCGAUGAGACGGGUUGGCUCAGGAAUCGAUCUUCCCACUGUGGACCGCAGCCAGAACUCCAGUGUCAAUGCCAACCGCACUUUCUCUGGUCUCGGUGGUCUGGGUGGUCUGUCUUCCCUGGGUGGAGCUUCAGCUUGGUCAUCUGGUGCUGCCGUCGGCACGCCCACUCGUGAGCGUUCCGCCUUUGUUGGCGGUUUCGGCGACCCGAUCUUUGGCUCUAUGGGCGAUCUUCAGUCUCCUAGCUUGUCAACUCUCGGUGGAGGUGGUCUAUUUAGCCCCCAUGCCGGUAUGACUGGCACUGGAAGCAUCGGCCGAUCAAGCAAACUCGGUGCCCUCUUCUCUUCCAUGCAGGACGAGCAAGGAAGGCCUGACUCUGUGGGCCUAGAUGGACUCGACCCCUCGCAAGGCGACAAGACGGGUCAGGCAAGCCACCCUGGCUCAACGCCUGCUUCGCAAACACCCGUCUCGGCCGUUGGCUCUAUUCCAAACCUGGCUGGUCAUGAUAUUCCUUCUAGUCAAACCCCUGGCGCAGGCAUCCCUGCUUCUCAGCAGCGUACCAUGGUCAUGCCGGAUAGGAUGCGUUGGAUCUACCGGGAUCCGCAAGGCAAUAUCCAAGGCCCGUGGACUGGACUCGAAAUGCAUGAUUGGUUCAAGGCAGGCUUCUUCAGCCCGGACUUGCAGAUCAAGAAGCUUGAGGACACCGAGUUCGAGCCACUAGCUCAGCUCGUGAGACGCAUUGGGAACUCACGCGAGCCAUUCCUUGUGCCCCAGAUUGGCCUUCCUCAUGGCCCAGAACCGACCGUCGCCCAGUGGACUAACACGACCGCUGGAUCUGCUCAGCCUCCCUUCCCGGGUAGUUUCCCAAGCUUUGGCACUACCUUGACAGCCGAGCAGCAAAAUGCGCUCGAGCGACGCAAGCAGGAAGAACAGUACCUGAUGGCUCGACAGAAGGAGCACCUGGCUCAGCAGCAGGCCAUUAUGAAGCAAAUGGCUCCUCCUGGUGCUCCCUCAUCCUCCAUGAACCCACCGCUGCAGCAUCAGUCUAGCGCACACAGCCUUCAAAGCCAGCCUAGCUUCUCAAGCAUUACUUCGCCCGUUGGCUACCAGCCAUCUCCGAUCCAGGCUCCCAUGCAGCAGCAGUCCCAAGGCGUCCCUGGAUUCUUCGAUGGUGUUGCACCAAGACAGGGCGGUUUGAACGUGGGACCUGGAAUGCUGGGAACGGAUUUCGGCAGCCAGGAUCAACUCCCCGCUCUACUUGAUCGCCUGAACGUCGGCCGCCAGGAUCCAUUUGCCUUUGGUAGUGCUGGUUCAUUCUCCGGCCGUCAGCCUGAUAACUUCUUGCAGUCCCAGCAGGUUAGUCAAAUGCUUCAGGAUCGUGCUCAGCUUCAGCAAGAGCAGGAAGACUUCGACAAGGCCCAUGAAGAUGAUCCAUUUGAUCAGCACGCUCGCGAGGAGCGUCUUCGCCAAUUCCAUGCUCUUCGUGCCCAGGAAGGGGAGAUGGGCAUGCGCACUGCCGAAGGUCUGCCUACCCACCCUGCCGCUGCAUCUCAGCAACUCGAAGCCGAGGUUGCCGCCGAGAUGGAAGAGGCAGCUCAACAGUUGACCGACUCUGUUACUGGUUCUGAGCCUCUUACUCUGUCUCAGCAAGUUCACAAGGCUGCUUCUGCUCAACGCCAGCAGCAGGAACAGGAACAGAGCCAUGGCCCUUCUGAAUCGGUCUGGGGAAACAAGGUUGACCACGCCAUGCCCCAGCCUUUCCCUCCCCCACCCUCCGCGUCGCCUCUCCCUGCACCCACCGCCCAGCGUAAUCGCCAAAACGUCGCCGAGUCUCUGGCCACUGGGUCCCGCUCCCAGACUCAGACUCCCGUCGACGCUGCGCCUACCUCUGUCGCACCAUGGGCCAAGGAGGCAAAUGACUUGCCCAAGGGCCCCUCUCUCAAGGAGAUCCAGGAAGCCGAGGCUCGUACUGCCGCCCAACGUGAGGAAGUCGCCGCUGCGGCACGCCGUGCCCAAUUCCUUGCGGAGCAAGAGCGUCUCAGCCAAGCACAGGCACAGGCAGCCCCUGGCCUUCCCUCGUCAGCCAACUGGGCUAGCGCUGGAUCUCCGGCCACCCCUGCCUCGACCGGCUCCCCUUGGGCCACCAAGACCCAGCCCGCACCGGCCGCCACUGGCGCCAAGAAGACUCUUGCUCAGAUCCAGAAGGAAGAGGAAGCCCGCAAGAACCGCGCGGCUGCUGCUGCCGCCGCCGCCAUGGCUGCGACCCCAAGCCCUCCCGUCCCCUCCUCUGCCGGAAAGCGCUAUGCCGACCUUGCAAGCAAGGGCCCUGCUCCCUCCGCCCCCGCUAGCCAGGGAUCCAGCGCCUGGACCACCGUCGGUGCCAGUGGCAAGGUCAAGGGUGCGCCAACUGCGCCUCCCCUGGGACCCCGGACAGCCAGCGGAACCGUCCCAGUUUCGCCUCUUAUCUCCAAGCCCCGCCCUGUCGCCACUACCCGUACUUCCAACCCCAACCAGGCUGUUGAGGAGUUCACCAAGUGGGCUACUUUGGCUCUGAGCAAGGGGUUGAACAGCAGCAUCAAUGUCGAUGAUUUCGUUCAGCAAUUGCUCUUCCUGCCCGCUGAGGCUGAGAUCAUCUCCGACUCCGUCUACGCCAACUCCCAGACUCUGGACGGCCGCCGCUUCGCGGAGGAAUUCAUCCGCCGCCGCAAGCUUGCCGAUAAGGGCAUUGUGGACCCUGUCUCGCCCAGUGCUUUCGGAGAGCAGAAGAACGGCGGUGGCUGGAGCGAGGUUGCCAAGAAGGGCUCCGCUGCUACCGUUGCAGCAGCUGCUCAGCGUGAGGAAGAGGCUGCCAGCUCUGCAUUCAAGGUUGUCGCUCCCCGUAAGAAGGGCAAGCGGUAA